AGUCAAGUCAUAGUUGUUUGUUGAACUCAGAAGUCAGAACAGUUGCGGCUGGUGUUUUAAGUUCAAGUUUUAAUUGAGUGUUUUUUUUUUUCUCAAAUGUCUUUGUUUUAUCAUGGACCGUAGUUAAGAGUCGGUGUAAUUUCUUAUUUGUUUAAACAACCUAUCGUGACAACACUAGAGCUAUCUACUAGAUAAAAAUCAGUAAAACGGGAUGCUGCUAAAAACUGCAUCUGAAGUUGUGGACGUGCACGAUUGUCUGACGAGCCUGACCAUCGGCAUCGCCACUUUCUCUCGCUGAUGCGCCUCGCUAGGUGAACUGUUACUCAACACUUGCGAAAAGAAUUCAAAAAAAACUAAACUAAUACUUCGUGAUACAGAUGGUUCGUAAAAUCGUAACGGUAUUACGGUAGUCUCGCGUUGACGGCUGCCGUGUUAACAUCGGGUUAACUUGUGCUCAAAGUUAGUGUGAUGUAUAUCAUUUCGUGAUGGUGGAACGCGAAGGGAUGAGACGCGGCGGCUGCGGCUGGGGUGGUGGUUUUCUCGGCCGCUGGUCCUUGCGUCGAUUGCUUCUGGACAGCCCUUUAGUGGGCCGGAGACUCGCGCAUUCAGUACUGGAGCAGGGAGAGCGGCCCGUGAGGCUGAGCACAGAGCAGGCGCAGGCGAGGCCGGCAGUGCAAUACAUCGCAGAAGAUGAAGAGGGCGAAGUACUCGACUGCCCGCUAUGCCUGUCGUCGUUCGCCGCCGCCAGCAUGGUGCGGCUGGCGUGGUGCGCGCACCGCUGCUGCGAGCCGUGCCUGCGCCAGUACCUCGCCAUCGAGAUCUUCGAGGCGCGCGUGCCCGUCAACUGCCCUGUGUGCCACGAGAGCAUGCACCCCUCCGACGUCCGCCGGAUCGUGGACAACCCGACGCUUUACGACAAGUAUGAGGAGUUCUCCGUGAGGCGCGCGCUCGCCGCUGACCCCGACACGAGAUGGUGUCCCGCGCCCGAUUGCAGUUUCGCCGUAGUGGCGACGGGCUGCGCGUCGUGCCCGAAGCUGACCUGCCUGGCGCCGGGCUGCGGCGCGUCGUUCUGCUACCACUGCAAGGCGGCGUGGCACCCCACGCAGACGUGCGACGCGGCGCGCCGCAGCCGCCAGCCGCCGCCGCGCGCGCCGCAGCCCUCGCACAGCGAGAUGGAGCACGGCGAGGUGAAGCCGUGCCCGCGCUGCUCAGUGCUCAUCGUGAAGGUGGAGGACGGCUCGUGCAACCACAUGGUGUGCUGCGUGUGCGGCGCCGAGUUCUGCUGGCUCUGCAUGAAGGAGGUCUCCGACUUGCACUACCUCAGUCCAAGCGGCUGCACGUUUUGGGGCAAGAAGCCGUGGUCGAGAAAGAAGAAGCUGCUGUGGCAGCUGGGCACGCUGGCGGGCGCGCCGCUGGGCAUCGCCGUGGUGGCGGGCGUGGCGCUGCCGGCGCUGCUGGUGGGGCUGCCGCUGUGGGCCGGCCGCCGCGCGCACCGCCGCCUGCGCCGCGCCACGCCCGCGCGCCGCCGAGCCGCUGUGGCCGCCGCCGUCGCUGCUGCGUUGAUAGUGUCACCGCUGGUGGCGGGCCUGGCGGUGGGCAUCGGCGUGCCGAUCCUGUUGUUCUACGUGUACGGUGUGGUGCCGGUGUCGCUGUGCCGCGCGGGGGGCUGCGCCGCCGCCCCCUCGCCCUUCGACGACGACCGCGACCAGCCGAUGGACAACGCGCUGGACCUGGACGCGGCCUCGCGCCGUCUGGAGCCUAGCAUCGGCGACGCGUCGCUAUCAGCCGGGUCGCAGCAGGCCGAGGUGCGCGCGCCGUCGCUCGCCGGGCUGGCGGGCUCGCUGGGCGGGCACGAGGCGGCCUCCCCCGCCACCCAUCGGCUCGAAGUCACCGCGGACGUGGCCGCCUCCGACACAGCCAGCGCCGCCAGCUGGCCCGACGACCUGCCCUCGACAUCCGCCUCCACCUCGAGAUCCGCGGCGAGGCUGCGUAGCUUAUUCCUGUACGGAUCCGCUCAUCCGCCCCCCGACCCCGAGGUGGGGGAGUGCCAACAACCCCCCAUAUCGCUCAUAGCGUCGCACCGCGCGGAACUGUCGGCCGCUUGUGAGACGCGCCCCGUUCGCUCUCCGUCCCCGGACGCGUCGUAACGAAUCGCGAGUGAUUGAAUUGUGGAACAAUCUCAGUGGAGUUGUGAAACUGUGAAAGUGAAGUGAUUUUAAGUGAAAAGUGACACUCAUCGACUCAUUAUUUGGAAUGAUUCGAACACAGCGAAACGCAUUUGCCAGCUGAGCUAUUCUUUGUUAUUAGAUUGAUUCUACAUCUAUCUCUCUCUGUUUAACACAAUGGCAUAGAUAGAGAGAGGUAGCGGCAAAUUUAUCGAAUUCUAAAAACUUUUCAGAAUAGCUCUAAAAAGUCAACUGGGAUACUAAAGUCAAUGCAGUAUAGGAAGUAUUUACUCGUGUGCAAUAACUUAACAUCUGGCUAUGAGACACAAUCAAACAAACACAGUAUAAACGUCAUUCGAGCCAGUUGUCAAGUUAAUCUGCACGAGCUGUAUGUACUAGAUUACGAUAAGAACAUACACCUCGAUAAUUGCCUUAGCAACUGGCUAUCUUAUUUUUUAGAUUUUGGAUUCCUAUAAACAAUAAUAUAUGUGACAAAUAUUCAGUAAUCCAUAUAAUUAUUGAAAAUGGUAAUUAUUUUAAUCAUAUUCAGAUUUCUCAUAUUUAUUUCAAUGACAGAUUAUGGUUUAAAUUAAUGUUUAUUGAUAUUUUGGCCUUGAUAUUGGAGUGGUACUGGCGGCUUAAUGGUAUUUGGCAGGGAUUUGUGAUUUUUCAUAUUCAGAUAAAUUCUCAUAUUGUUUUGAUAUUUUUUGUUGUUUAACCUUUUUUAAAUUAAUGCAGCUAUUUUAGUAGAUUUUAGUCAAAAAAGAUUUUCAGUUAAUAAUAAUUAGAAAGUUAUGAUUUAUGCUAAGUAUGUAUACAGAAUUCUCUCUCUACUUGCAUUGACUUUUCAUUUGUUUUUUAACAGCUGUAUGAUGUUUCCAAUUAAAUAAAUAAUUAGUAUAAUGACAAUGAACACUUAUGGAGAUUUGCUAUUUCAAUGUGAUUAGAUAGUGCGAUGUCCUACUUGAUUAUCAUUGAAUGUAAUACAGAUAAGUUAAAUCAGCUAAACACGUUCUUUACUUUCCCUUGGUGCGGUACGAGGUCUAACGACCUCUGUAGAGCCAGGACUCCAUGGCAUACCUAUCUUGAUACGAGGUCGAAAGACCCCAUGCCACAGCGAACGUGUUAACUGUAGAAAUGUCCAGACUUAGUACCAAAAUACAUGGGAGUUUUGUAGUGUAUACACAAGCAGAUAAGUCUUAAAUAAUUUAAUCAGAGUAAAGAAAAAGUUAUCUACACUUCUGUGUAUUUUGUGCUCUAUACCUUACGCCAAAGCUCCUGGCAUUCUCUAUAAAACAUACCAUAAAUGGACAGUGGACCUUGUUACUUUGAAUUGAGUAUCUAUUAAUGAGUUGAUUGUUAAAAGUUUACAUUAAGAUCAAUUAUAUUUGAAACAUUGUAGUUUGUCUACUUUUGGCAGUCUGUCAAGCGUAGACUGGCGACCGAGUAAGUGUAUAAACAUAGGCGUCCACAUAUCAGCAUCGUAUGUAUCGCAUUAAACCGUUUUUUAUUAUAGGGUAGAUAAAAUCCAUUUGAUGCAGAUCAGUGGACACACUUGUAUUGCUUUCUAUGCAAAGAUCCAUUUGAUGCGAUGCGUCCGAUACGUACCGGAUCUGUGGACGCCUACCAUUAAACUUAUAUACUGCCUACCUAAAUUUUUUUUUCUUCUCAUGUAUCCUGCAACUUGGCUAUCUGUGUAACAUCACAAUAAGCCAUUCAGUUCUGUAUAUUGGUAUUUUUGUUGUGUUUGAGCAGAGCGGCUCCCCUAACUAAGAGAGUACCAUAAAACUGAAAGAACAUUCUUUAUCUAAAAUAACUUUCAGUUUACCAUUUUACCACUACAGCCAAAGCCAUACAGACUUCCUGGAAUAGAUUAACUAUAUUGUGUUUAUUAUUUACACAUACACACUUAUUGUGCAUGCCAAGAGCUUUGGCGUGAGGUGUAGUGUCAGUUAAGUAACAACCUUGGAUAGAUAAAAUGGUCUAAGGAGUCCAGUAUAUGAUACAUGUUGUAUCUAUUUGAUAUAGAUAAGAGUUAAGUUCCGCCAUCUUCAUACUUCAGACAGACAAUAAUUAUAAACAUUGAUUUGUUAAUGACUCAUUAAAUGAUGUCCUGCGUUCGAUCGCGGGCUGGGCCGAUUGAGGUUUCCUCAAUUGGUCCAGGUCUGGCUGGUGGGAGGUUUCGGCUGUGGCUAGAGAGACAAAUAUCUUAGCAUUCCAUAGAUUCACCGUGCAGGUGCCGGGUCCAUCGCAUGGUAGAAAGGAAUACUCCGAGCAAAGUCCAGGACUUGUGACUACUGGAUGUAGGGUUAAGGAAUUCAUUAAUUCCUUAACCCUAAAUCCAGCCCCACCCUACGGGCAAAAUCGUGGAUAAGGGGAACACUUUCAACAAAUGCAUUCCCUGAAUCUUGGAGUACCUAUAAAUAUGGAUCAUGAAACCAUGUGAUGAAAUUUUUUAUCAAAUUCAGAACAUAUGAAAGGAUACAAUUACUUAUAUUAAGCUAGUCACUGCUUAUUCGUUGAAAAGUAAGAAAUUUCAUUGUUGUCGCAUGUACUUUUUUUUUAAGUACAUGUACCAUGUACUUAAAAAAAAAAGUACAUGCGCCAUGUACCUAACAACGAAAAUAUUUAGUUUGUCUUUGCUUUGAUGGGUGGCUUGGAAUACCUAUCUAAAUAUAAGUCAGUUAAUGGAUAAUAUAAAAAGAACCUGCCUAUACUCUGUAAGGUUAAGUCAUUUGCCAUUUUUAACAACAAUGAUAGGUUACAGACAGAUAGGUUAUUGAAAAAGGACCAUUUUACUCAAUAGACAAAUGUCUAUACAAAGAUUCUUGACUUGUUGAGAUGUGGAGUAACAGAGUUCAGAAUUCUAGUUUGACUUUGACUAUAAAAUUAUGUAUUGUGAUCGGGCAUCUCAAUAUCAUACACUACGACUAUACUAAAGCUAUCAACUGAGUCAUUGAGCCAUAAUAUAUAGCCAAUUCAAAAGCCUAGGUCUUCAAAAGUAGUAGGCCUGGGCUUUCUCCUUAUAGGAGAGGGGGAUUUGGACUUCACACUGCUCGCAUGCGGACUGAUGGGCAGAUUAGUACUGAUAAAUUAAACAAAUUAUGGUCCGACGACUCAGUUGAUAACGCACUUACUAUUUGACAUGUAUUUAAAAAUCUGCAAGUUUUCAAAUAAACAAUGGGUUGUGUCUCAUGCUGUAUGUAUUCACUAAUUUAGUUACUUUACAAAAUAUAAGCCAAACAUGCCGAAGUUAGUGAAUAACCCAGUUAGCAUAACUUACCACCAAGUCACUGUUUAUUAAUUAACAUUAUUAAAACGAAAUUGUCAUGUGUAAGAUUGAUGAUUUUUUCAUUGCAUAUUAAAUAUAAUAUGCAUAUUUGUAUGUAAACAGAAAAAACGUAUAUUUUUUUCAAUUUGACGGAACACACAAUGCUGAUAUAAUGUGACAGCGACAACCUGAAUACCCUGGCUAGGUAUUCCUUUUCAUAGCCUCCAUGGUUAUUCUUUUGAGUUCCCUUUGUGAUUUGGGAUUGUUGAACUCCUUGACUAUUUAAUUAAUUGUAAGGAUUGCCAAAAUGAAUGAUACCUAAUAGUGGAGGAUCUGAAUUAGAAACGAACUUCACCCAUCUGUUUAAUGGAUAAAAUGUAUCACUUGCGUCAUCAAUAGGACGUCCACUGCUAGACAAAGACCUUUGCUUUGCCUUUUGCCUCGAUCCACCUAGUAGAGGGGUCGACCAAAACUGAAUUCCGAUGCGGGGUCGCCAUUCCAGCACCUUGGGACCUUAACGUCCAUCGGCACUUUGAAAUUCGGCUUCGCGACUUUCGAAGCUGUGACUUUGGUCCUUCUGAGGAUCACUUCAUCGCCACUAAAUAGGUUCUUAUGAAGGCAUAGGUAUUAAAGUAUAGGUACAGUUUUUUUAGGCAACCUACUCACUAUACUAUUUUUAACAUACUUACUAUAAUAACUUACUUUUCAUUCAAUAAACAGAUGGGUGAAGGUCGUUUCUAAUGCGGCUCUUAGACUAUAAAUGAUUAUGGCGGCCCGUCCGCUGAUAGAUGCUUCGCGCUUACAGCGCCCGGCCCUUGAUCACUAUGGCAUUGUAAAUAAAGACUAAUAUUGCGCCAAAUGUUUCGCAGAUAAUUUGACGCAGACUAGUUAUGGAAUCAUAACAGCUAUAGUCUGGCAAGUUCGUUGAUAACACUCCUAUGAUAUGCGGGCGACAGGGGGAUAGACUGCGCGGGUAUGAAAUCGUGCGCGCGGGAUGUGACGUGCAUCAGUCGUGGGUUUUUCAUUCAUCGCUACACGCCCCCGGCCUGCGCGGAUCAUUGGGAGUGUUACGAACGAAGUUGUCAAGAUAGCCCUAUGCAAGUGCAAUCCACGACAUAUUAUCUCGUGAUGACAAAAUGACAAAUGCUGAACCGGCAAUAUCGCUACUCUCAUUCGUCCUAUAGCAACGAAGAGAGAGAUACGUUUUCAGUUCGCCGCUAUUGGUCGAUUCACGAGAUAGCCUUGGGUUGCAUGUUAGGUCUACAGGUGUAACUAAUUUAUAACUACUUCUCAUCAAAAAAAUCGAAAAGGGGAGUACGUAGCAAGUACUGCUUUUUUUCAAUUUUUUUGAUGACAAGUAUAUUUCUAGUGUUCUUGGUUUGGAUUAAUUUUUAAUUUACAUAUUAAAAAGUUUGAUUAUUUGUCUUGAAAACUGAAAUAUAUUAACCUUAUAGUAGUCUACUGCGUUACGAUUUGUUGCCAUAGUGAACGAGGGCCCGCUGUUGAUUCUAUCUGAUUAUUGUGAUACUUUGAAUAAUUAAUACUAUUAAUGAUCUAAAUUAUUUAAUUUUUCACGUUUGUAGGCGGAAUUUAAUUAUAAGCGAACUAUGUUACGUGAAUCAUAGAAAUUGUAAAACUACUAUUAAAAUGUGAUUAUAUCUAUAAA